AUGAAUUUCUGGGCGAUACCUGCUACUGCUGCAAGCCUGUCUUCGGCGAAGAACAAUUUCCUUGCAGAAGAAGAUGUUCCUGGGACUAAGCAAACGCUCUUGAAAUACCCAGCCGCGGCUAGCCAAGGUAGAAUGCUCAACCAGCUCAUCCCAGGUCCCAUCCCCGUCUUCAGACGACACCAAAAGGAACUUCUUCUUCCAUCCAUUCUUAGACUGCAUCUCAAAAGAAGCAUGUUCCACCCUGGAUGGGUCUCUUGUCGCAAAUAA